AUGACAACACAUAUUACUGAUGUUGAAGGUGAUUGGAAAAUUAUUGGUUAUUCUCAACAUCCUGAAUGUGUUAAUUGUAACAUUAAAAUAAAAGGUUAUGGUCUAGAUCCACAUAUGUUUAAACUUUGUAUGCACGUGGUGAAUAAUUUAAAUUGUACUUUGAAACAUAAUUCUGCAACCAAUCAAUGGAGAAUUUCAGAUUUUUUUUCAACAGAAAUACAUGGUUCACCAACAGAGAUGCAUAAAGAAGAUAUAUUCAAAAAAUUGAUUUCUGAAUUACAAAAAUUAGAAGUUCAAGAUGAGAAAAAAUUAAUUAUUCAAACGAGUUGUGGUGAACAAGUUCGAUUAGAACGUUUACCCUAG